UGGAGCAUACGCCCUUUAGUCCAAACGGUUUAAGUGGGAGUGACACUACAGGGAUUAUUUUUAAWAUCAGCGCUGAAUGGUACUGUGACCAUGAGAGUGUUAAUAGGUGGGGGGUCKGGUUUUGUUGGCCAGGAGCUGAUGGGUCUCCUCAGAGUCAAAGGUCAUGAGGUCACGGUAAUAUCUCGCCAACCUGGUCCAGGAAGAAUAACAUGGGGUGAAUUAGAGUCCCGAGGCCUCCCGCCGUGUGACGGUGUUGUCAACUUGGCUGGAGAGAAUCUCAUGAACCCGCUUCGAUGGUGGAAUGAAAGCUAUAAAAAAGAUUUGUUCUCCAGCCGCAUUAACACAACAAAAGCUCUGUCUCGAGCCAUUGCAGCAUCCUCCAGUCCUCCUCACUCCUGGGUCCUGGUGUCAGGCGUAGCCUGCUACAAACCCAGCCUGACAGCGGAGUACACGGAGGACAGCGAGUGGACGCCGUACGACCUCCUCUCGCGACUCGUCAAAGAGUGGGAGGCUGCGGCGCGUCUUCCUGAGAAAGUGUCUGAAACCACCAAGCAGGUCGUCAUCCGGUCUGGGGUGGUGUUGGGUCGUGACGGCGGGGCCAUGAAGCAGAUGCUGCUGCCCUUCUGGCUCGGUCUUGGUGGGACGCUGGGCUCCGGGAGUCAGCCGUUCCCGUGGAUCCAUGUCUCGGACUUGGCAGGAAUCAUCGCUCGCUCUCUGGACCCGCCUCCUGACGCUCCCGGUCCGUCUCCGCAGGUGUACAACGGAGUGGCGCCCGCGCUCAACACCAACUACGAGUUCACCAAGGAGCUGGGUCAGGUCCUGAGGCGGCCCACCGUCCUCCCAGUUCCCGGCUUCGUUCUGAAUGCCCUGUUGGGUUCUGAAAGGGCUAUGGUCCUCACUCAAGGCCAGAAAGUCAUACCGAAGCAGACUUUAGAGUCUGGAUAUCAGUACCAGUACACAGACUUAACCUCAGCCCUCAAACAGAUUGUAGAAAGUUGAACUUAAAAAUUUUCUGUUCUUUUUUUAGUGUGAAAUAAAACUAUAAAAAAAAAACUGGAAAUCAGCAGCAAUUUAAAAAAAAUCCCUUCAUAUUUUCCAUAAAUACGUGAAUGAAACUCUUUUCCUCCUUUCUGUAAGUGAUUUUUUUGACUGAGCAGGACUUUGUACAAACUAAAAAUAAAAUAAACUGUUGGACCGUUUAAAGGAAA